AAACUAGUAUCUACCCUCCGCCUCUUAAUCCCGCGCCUCCGCCUCCUCCAAAAGAAAGACACCGCCUCCUCGGUCGUACAGCGCCGCGAGCUCGCCUCCCUCCUCGACGAAAACCGCGACGCCUCAGCACGCAUUCGCGUCGAAAAUGUCAUCGCCACAGACACCGGCGUCGAAGUCAUGGAAAUGGUAGAGCUGUACUGCGAAUUGCUGCUCGCGCGGGCAAACGUGCUCGAUCAGCUCGCGUUCGGGGAGAGGGGUGGUCGCGCACGGAAUCGGGCGAGGGAGGUCGCGAAGGAGAUGAGUCGGCGGGCGGCGAGUGGUGGGGCAGCAGCAGCUAAUGCGAAUGCGAAUGCGCGACAAGCCGAAGAGAAGAAGAAUAGUAGUAUUCUCGGGUUCCCGUUUUCGUUAUCAUCCAAGAAGCCGUCGGGUGGGGAGGCGGCUGAGGAGAGACGGGAUGAUACAGACGAUGAUGAUAGCUACAUGGACUCGGCGCUGGAUGAAGCCGCCGCGGCGGUGUUCUACGCAUGGUCUCGAUUCCCGCAUGACGUGCGCGAACUUAACAUGCUCCGCUCUCAACUUACGGAUCGAUACGGGAAGGACUUCAUGACUCUGGCGCAGGAUAAUAAGAUCGAGGGGGUUUCUGUGCCCGAACGGCUGGUGAAGGGGUUACGAGUGCGGCCGCCGACGCAGGAACUGGUGGAUCUUUAUCUGCGGGAGAUAGCACAUGCGUACGGGGUGGUUUGGCCCAAGGGCGGCGGCGGCGAUGAAGUCGAGCCGGAUUUGGGCGAUGCGCCUCCGGAGUUCCUCGAUCAGCGCCACGAUGAUGAUUAUCACGGUGGUGAUGGUGAUGGUGAUGAAGCAAGGCGCGCCUCGGAAGCCUCCGAACUGAACAAAGUGACACCACCACGAGGUCUGCAUUCCGGCAAGAGUCCCGUGAGCGUUGCCCCGCCGGGCCCGAGAACAGAUAACCCCAGCCCUCGCGUGAAACUGCCAGGAUCAGAUGAGACAGGAGGCCAGGUUGGGGGAGGAGAGGCCAAGCCGAAGAAUAACAGUGGUUCUGGGGGGAUACCGGAGUUGGAUGAGCUGACUCGGAGGUUUGCGGCGUUGAGGAGAUAG